CCCCCUCCGCCGUAUGGAGCCUGGCGAUGUCUGCAUGUGCCAGAGCGUCUUCCCGGCCCACGCCAACCAGCGCGGGGAGCUGAGCGCCGGGCAGCUCCUGAAAUGGAUGGAUGCCGCGGCCUGCCUGGCAGCUGAGAAACAUGCUGGUGUGUCUUGCGUGACAGCGUCUAUGGAUGACAUACAGUUUGAAGAGGCUGCCAGGGUUGGACAAAUUAUUACCAUCAAAGCAAAGGUCAACAGAGCAUUCAAAACCAGCAUGGAGGUUGGCAUCAAGGUUAAAGUACAGGACAUUUUGACUAAAGUUGAAAAAAUUGUGAGUGUGGCAUAUGCAACAUAUGUAGCCAAACCAGUUGGUGCUAAAAAGAUUGAAUUAGAACCUGUAAAGCUUCUGUCUACAGAAGACCACCUGGAGCACACCCUGGCUACUGAGAGAAGAAGAAUCCGACUGGGCUAUGAACAGGUCUUUCAGAAGCUAAUGCAGGAGAGUAAUAAGGAAGAUACUUCUGAAGUGGAAGAUGCCGUUUCAACUGGCCUUACUCAUGUGCAGAGUAUUGAGCUUGUCCAGCCUCCUCAUGCAAACCAUCAUGGAAACACUUUUGGUGGCCAGAUCAUGGCUUGGAUGGAGACAGUAGCAAGUAUUUCAGCAAGCCGUCUUUGUUGUUCGUAUCCCAUCUUGAAAUCAGUCAAUAUGUUUAAGUUCUGGGGACCAUCUGUCGUGGGUGACCGCCUUGUUUUCAAUGCAAUUGUGAACAACACAUUUCAGAAUAGUGUGGAGGUUGGUGUCCGUGUUGAGGCUUAUAACUGUGAAGAAUGGAUCAAGGACCAAGCACGGCAUAUUAAUAGCGCCUUUCUCAUUUUUAACACUGUAAAUGACAAAGGAGAGCUGCUCACCUUCCCCAGAAUCAAACCUACUACAGAGAUGUGUUACUGUCUGGUUUACUUUUUCAUAAAGGACGGCGUGAGGCGAUACCAUGGAGCCAUUGCCCGGAGGAGAAUUCGACUAGCCAGGAAAUGCAUGCUGUCUGCUAAAGAAGACCAACCUUCUGAUCUUUGGGAGACAAGCAACCAGAAAUAUGUCUUGGCAUUUCAGGCAUACGUGAGUUACAGCAACAUAGCUGCCCUGACACACCUGGCAGCAAAACCAGGAUGGGAAGUAACCAGCACACUGGAUGGUAUAAAAAUAUGGAUUCAUGAGGAGGGUGAUACGUUGUCACUCAAAGUUGAAAUGCAAGUGAAGAUACCAUCACAUCUGGCUUUCUCCCUGUUGUCUGAUUUCACAUUCCGCCAAGAAUGGGACAAACAUUUCUUAACUUGUGAGGUCCUGCAGGAUGUGAAUGAAGAUGAGAAAAUAUAUUACAUUACAUCUCCACCCAUGACUGGCCAUAAACCCAGAGACUUUGUGAUUCUUGUGUCUCAAAGGCAACCCUGUAAGCCAAGUGAACCCUACAUGGUAGCUGUAAAGUCAGUUACCCUCACAUCCAUGCCACCUUCUUCAGAAUACUGCAGAAGUCAAGUCCUUUGUGCCGGAUUCCAGAUCUACAGUGACAGCAACAGCUCCUGUACAGUGUGUUACUUUAAUCAAGUGACAUCAGGUGUCAUGCCUUACUUAGCUGCAAAUCUUACUGGCUUAUCAAAAUCCAUUGAAGAUACUGCUUUGGAAUGUAUAAAGUUCUUGGAGCGGAAAGGCAGGAAGUACUGAAGUUAAAAAUGGAUUUCUGAAGAAACCUCUGAAGAUUAUCAAGCACUACUGGUUUAAAUUCCUGCAUGUGUGUUGAUCAUUUUUCUACAGCUUAGUCACUUCGGAUCACUAGCCAAUAUUGGGCUUGAGUCUGAGAAGAUCUAGUACAAACAUUUUCUAUCAAAUGAAGAUUAGGCCCUAGGCUCUGAACUAAGUUUUUAAUUUUAAAAAGCUUAAGGGACAGAUUCUGCUCUUGAUUGCAUUAAUAAAUUUUAUACAAAUGGAGGCAGAACUUGGGCCAGCAGAACUAUAGCUCAUGAGACUAUUUCACUAUUUUAAUGUUUUAUUGAAUGUAAUGGCAUCCAGUCAGCUUUAAAUCAGUAAAUACCACCCUGUGCAGUUUGCAGAAAAGUGGUGCUACUAAGUCACUUAUCCAGUGCUGUGACCUGGUUGUUCCAGGUUCUUGUGCAUCCAUUAUAUAUAAACUGCUUACACUCCAUGUAAGCUAGUGCUGGCUAAUGUCUGUACUUCACCUGUUAACACUGGUAGCUUAUCUGUGACUUCCAAUAAAUUAUUGUUUCUGA